CCGGCACCUUCCCGCCCGCGCCGACGCCGGCACCGCGCGGAGCUCCGCGCCCCGACCUCGGCUCCCUGCGGUCAAAGGCGGUGGCUCGCGGGGCCACCCCGAAGCCCGUUCCUCAGGACGCUCGAAAACAGUUUCCCGGCGGUUCCCUUUAUAUUUUUUACACCUCUCCCGAUCUCUCUAUUUUGCAAUCAACUAUUAAGGUGCAACUAUGCCCAAAAGAAAGGCUCCAGCUGAAGGCGAGGCGAAGGAGGAGCCAAAGAGAAGGUCAGCCAGACUAUCUGCUAAACCUGCUCCGCCUAAACCGGAGCCAAAGCCCAAAAAGGCAGCACCUAAGAAAGAAAAGGCAGCAAACGAUAAAAAGGAAGACAAAAAGGCAGCAACAAAAGGGAAGAAAGGAGCCAAAGGCAAAGAUGAAACUAAACAAGAGGAUGCAAAAGAAGAAAACCACUCUGAAAAUGGAGAUACCAAAACUAAUGAGGCACCAGCUGCUGAAGCAUCUGAUGAUAAGGAAGCCAAGUCCGAGUAAUGUUAACCCUGCCCUAUAUCUCCAUCAUUUGGUAUCCGUACCUCCAUGCUGUAUUGUUAACAGAGAGGAAUAUUUUUAUCAACUAUUUUAUAAAUGCAGGUUUUUUUAGC